AUGGCCAGCUCGGCUUGGCGUGCAUGGAUUGGAUGGUUUGGCUGGCCGUACAUAGACAGGCCCGGCUGGCCCUACAUAGACAGGCUGGCCCGGCGGGGCCAGUUUGGUCCCAAGCUCGCCCGGCUUGGCCUCACGUGCAGCUAUCUUGGCUCCAAGCGGGGCAAGUUUGGUCCCAAGUGGGGCAAGUUUGGUGCCAAGCGGGGCCAGUUUGGCCCCAAGCGGGGCCAGUUUGGUCCCAAGCGGGGCCAAUUUGGCCCUAAGCUCGAGCGGUUUGGUUCCAAGCGGGGCCAGUGUGGUCCCAAGCGGGACCAGUUUGGUCCCAAGCUCGACCGGUUUGGCCACAAGCCAGGCCAGUUUGGCCCCAAGCCGGCACAGUUUGGCCCCAUGUGGCGGGUCCAGUUUGUUCCCAAGCUCGAGCAGCUUGGGUUCCCGCGCAGCUAUCUUGGCCCCAAGCGUGGCCAGUUUGGUCCCAAGCUCGAGCGCUUUGGUCCCAAGUGGGGCCAGUUUGGCCCCAAGCUCGACCGGUUUGGCCCCAAGCCGGGCCAGUUUGGCUUCAAGCCGGAGCACGUGACCUCGGCUCGCAUCCUCGCGGAGAGGUCCUCGCAAAUCGUGAAAGACUUUGUUGUGAAAUGCGGCGCGCUCAACAGGGAAUCCCUGGAGUACACUAUGACUUAUGAUGAUCGUCCGGGAGAUAGGCAAGCCAGGCGAAACAGAAAGAAGGACAAAGCUCGGAAGGCGCCAUUGGAGGAAACGAAAGCGAAGGAGUUGGCCCGAUUCGAGUUUGAGGGAGCGACUGUGGAGACACGGGCGAGCAAGAGGAGGAAAAUGUCCACAGCCGCCAAGACCAGUGGCAGUGUUGGGUUGCCUGUGCCCACGCCAGUGCAACUGCUUGGCAAGCCUGUGAAGAACCGCCGCGAGAUCUGGGAUUGCCUCGAGAAGUUGAGUUGGGUGCGAGGGAACGUCAAGACCACGACAUUUGGUUCAGGAAGCAUUGCGCUGGGCGUCACACGCGGUGCCCCAGGCGCCGAUGGCUUCAACAAGGAAGGCUACAAUGACCAAGUUGUGCCUGGAUGCUUGUCACAAGGCGAUCAAGAGCAGUGUGCCAAACUGUGGGAAUUGCUUCAGGACGAAGGUCGGGCGCUCGGCUUCGAAUUCAGCAGCGCGCAACUCAACAAUAAUUUUCAGCCGAUGCACCCCCGCCACCACCGCCGCACGGACAAGGACCACCAAUGGUGUCUGUCCCUGGGCGAAUUCACAGCAGGCGAGUUCUGCUGGCAGGAGAGGCACCAAUGCUUCAGCGUGUCCACGAAAGAUCAAUGGCAGAAAGUUGUCUUCUACCAUUCUGAUGCUGUGGCGCCCGAGCCUCCCCGGCGUCCUCUCCGCGUGGGACAUGAUUGCGCAGGCACGAAUGCGCCUUGCCAAGCGUUGCGGAACUUGCGCGUGGACUUCACAGAGGCCUUCGCGAGCGACCUUGACGAGUUCGCCUGCCAGACCAUCGAAGCCAAUUCCCGCCCUGUCAAAUUCUACAGGGGCGAAGUUGAUGGGGACAUCACCAAGCGCGACCACUCGCAGGCGCCCGGCUGCGACCUGUACAUGGCAGGAUUUCCCUGCCAGCCGCGCAGCUCAGAAGGCAACAAGAGAGGCUUCGAUGACCCACGUGGCCAGGUGUUCUAUAGUGUCGUGGAUUACAUGAGAACCCACAAGCCUCGUGUCGCAGUCCUGGAGAACGUGCGAAGUCUGCUUCACAAUCGCGACGGCGAAGACAUUUGCGAGGUUCUACACGAGCUGCUGCGAUUGGAUUGCUAUAACAUCCACCGAAAUAGGCUCCACAUUGUCUGCGUCCGCAAGGACUUUUAUAUCGAGGGUAGGUUCCAGUGGCCGGAGCCCAUUGCCUGCCCGUCGGUGGAGCGCUUCUUGGAUCCAUGUGAGGCGAAGCCGACCCUGCUGAACGUGCAGCCGCCUCCUCAGACCUUCGCUUCCGAGAUAUGGGCUGCGACGAUGGCGAAGCCUUUGCGCCACAAGCAUGAACCCUUGCAGCAAGCAUGGCUCUUCCCAGUCACUACCAGCGAGGGGCGUUGCUUUGUGAAGAUGGACAUGUGCUCCUGUUUGCUCACCGGCAGCAAGAUCUGGAUCUCCAACAGAGGUCGGCUCCUCAAUGCACGCGAGCGCUGUCGAUUGCAAGGCAUGAGCCCAGACGACUUCAAGCAGGUGGUGUCGGAUGCCCAAUGGCGUAAGCAACUCGGCAACGCUAUGAGUGUCAACGUGCUGGAGCGCUUGCUCGCGCGCCUCUUGCCUGCGGUGGGGCUGACGGGUGCGCUUCCGGACCGUUGGGCCAGCGGCACCGCGGCGGCGGAGCUCGAAGCCACCAGAACCAGCGUGUAG